AUGGCCAAUUCCACCAUGGUAACUGAAUUUCUCCUCUCGGGCUCUCCUGAUGGCUGGGAUCUGAGUUUCCUCUAUUUCACAGUAUUCCCAAUGACCUACCUGGGUACCCUGUUAGGGAACCUUCUCAUCGUCACUCUCACCACUGCUGACCAGAACCUGCACACACCCAUGUACUUCUUCCUCAGGAACCUGUCCAUCUUGGACAUGUGCUACAUUUCUGUCACUGUCCCCAAUGCCUGUGUCAACUCUCUCACUGGCAACAGGUCCAUUUCAGUGGCUGGCUGUGCAACACAGAUCUUCCUGGUCUUUUUUUGUGCAUAUGUGGAGAUGCUAUUUCUUACCAUCAUGGCCUGGGACCGCUAUUUGGCCAACUGCCAGCCCCUUCAGUACCUCUUCAUCAUGAACCCCCAGAUCUGUGUCCGCAUGACCCUGGCCACCAUGAUCAGUGGUGUGCUAUAUGCAGGUGUGCACACUGGGAACACAUUCCGGCUGUCCUUCUGCCAGUCAAACGUGGUACAUCAGUUCUUCUGUGAUGUCUCCUCUCUGCUGAGGCUCUCCUGCUCUGACACCACCAGCAACAUGAUUCUUAUUCUUGUCUCUAUUAUAGUUGUGGGUGGUGGCUGCUUUGCUAUAAUAAUAAUGUCAUAUAUUCGCAUAUUUUCUGCUGUGCUGAAAUUUCCCACCAGAGCCCCAGGGAAGGCCUUCUCCACCUGCACGCCUCACAUCCUCGUGUUUUCCCUAUUUCUCAGUUCUGGCACAGCUGUGUACCUGAGGUCCUCAGCAACCUCUGACACCCUCCAGGACAUGGUUCUCUCUGCCUUUUACACCAUGGUUCCUCCCUUCCUGAAUCCUCUCAUCUACAGUCUCAGGAACAUGCAGGUAAAGGAAGCUGUGAGGAGAGUAAUGCAAAGACAGUUUUUCUCAGGGAAAUACAAAAGGAAUAAAUAUGGGACAGAUGUAACACACCAGAACUCAAUUAUGAGAAAAUAA